GAACACCACCCAGAGCGGAGAAGCCCAGCUGAGCACUGUCAGGGACUGUGAGCUGCCGAGCCAUCCAAGAUGUGUGAAGAAGAAGACAGCACUGCUCUUGUGUGUGACAAUGGCUCUGGGCUCUGUAAGGCUGGCUUUGCUGGGGACGAUGCUCCCAGAGCUGUUUUCCCAUCUAUUGUAGGACGUCCCAGACAUCAGGGGGUAAUGGUAGGAAUGGGACAGAAAGACAGCUAUGUAGGUGAUGAAGCACAAAGCAAAAGAGGGAUCCUGACCUUGAAGUACCCGAUAGAGCACGGCAUCAUCACCAACUGGGACGACAUGGAAAAGAUCUGGCACCACUCUUUCUACAAUGAGCUUCGAGUUGCUCCUGAAGAACAUCCAACCCUGCUCACUGAGGCACCCCUGAACCCAAAGGCCAACAGGGAGAAAAUGACCCAGAUCAUGUUUGAGACCUUCAAUGUCCCAGCCAUGUAUGUGGCCAUCCAGGCAGUUCUGUCCCUCUAUGCUUCUGGCCGGACAACUGGCAUUGUGCUCGACUCUGGUGAUGGUGUCACCCACAAUGUGCCCAUCUAUGAGGGCUAUGCCCUGCCCCAUGCCAUCAUGCGUCUGGACCUGGCAGGCCGAGACCUCACUGACUACCUCAUGAAGAUCCUGACUGAGCGGGGCUAUUCCUUCGUGACCACAGCUGAGCGUGAGAUUGUCCGGGACAUCAAAGAGAAACUGUGCUAUGUCGCUCUGGACUUUGAGAACGAGAUGGCCACUGCUGCAUCCUCCUCCUCCCUUGAGAAGAGCUAUGAGCUGCCUGAUGGGCAGGUCAUCACCAUAGGGAAUGAGCGUUUCCGCUGCCCCGAGACCCUGUUCCAGCCAUCCUUCAUUGGGAUGGAGUCUGCAGGCAUCCAUGAAACUACCUACAAUAGCAUCAUGAAGUGCGACAUUGACAUCAGAAAGGACCUGUAUGCUAACAACGUCCUCUCUGGAGGCACCACCAUGUACCCUGGCAUUGCUGAUCGCAUGCAGAAAGAGAUCACAGCCCUCGCCCCCAGCACCAUGAAGAUCAAGAUCAUUGCCCCGCCAGAGCGCAAAUACUCUGUGUGGAUCGGCGGCUCCAUCCUGGCCUCUUUGUCUACCUUCCAGCAGAUGUGGAUCAGCAAACAGGAGUAUGACGAAGCGGGGCCUUCCAUUGUGCACCGCAAAUGCUUCUAAACACGCCCCUGCUCUCUGCCCCUAGCACACAACUGUGAAUGUUUUGUGGAACUAUACUUUUACUCCUUUUCCAAUCAUUCCUAGCUGAAGCUCUGACUCUUCGCCUAUAUGUCUUUUUUCCCCGCCUUGAGGGUCUUUUUUUUUUUUUUAAUAAAUCUGAACUAUGUUACCAGUA